AAUUAUUCUGCCUGUUAUCUCGGGGCCGAACUGUACUAGCCCCCCAUUAAAUAUCAGUAGUCAUAGUGAGAGAAAAGAAAAAAAUCUAAUUUUCACACUAUUUCUAGUUAUUGAGAAUUGAGGUCGAAAAAGAAUAUUACGUAGUUAACAGUAAGUUAUCCUGAUGUCAGUCACAAUGUUUGGAACUUGCCAGAAGUUACUUAAAGGGAUAAGUAUUGGAGUAAGCACGAGGCAUAUGGGUAGGUUCCGAACAAAUAGAUUUAACCCAUGGACCAAUUUGCAAAAAACCAUUGAUAAAAAAAAAACGAACGCUGUAGAUGAAGACGUGCAGGCGUUCAAAAGCAAGCAUUUAGUUAACAUACCUAACCCGUACGAAAAGGAAAAACGGUUGUGCAUUCUCUGCAAAAUGAAUAUUGUUCCGGACUACAAGAACACCAGAAUGUUAUCGCAGUUUAUAUCCCGUUUUACUGGUCGUAUUUACGGUAGACACAUUACAGGUCUUUGCCGGCACAAACAAGAGCACGUUGAAAAAGAAAUUAAAAAAUCUAGGGAAGCAGGUUUGAUGCCGUUUUAUUUCAGAAAUCCAGAAUUUAGUCAUGAUCCUAAACUGUUCGACCCUGACAAUCCUUUUAGACCUCAUAGUUAUUAGUGUUAUCAAAUAAAUUUAAAAUUAAUGCUGUAUAUUAAAAAUAAAUUGUUCAGUUCAUAAUAAAAAAUGUAGAUGUUCAUUUUAUAUGCAAAUAUGAAAUGUGAUUUAGUUUAUAAAUA